AUGAGCUCGCAGCCAUCUGGGAGUGCGAACGAGCUUGACGAUAAGCUACAGCAGGGCUAUGAUCUGCUGGAUGCCCUACUCGGGGCCAUGAAGGAGAAGAGUUCACAAGGGCACGCCAAGCAGGCUCAGAAGGCCUUUGCGACCCUCCUGCCCAGGGCUGUGGACCAGCCGCAGCCACAGCCUUCUCCUCCUGCUGCCGAUGCAAGCUCCUCUGCCGUGCAGACGCAGGACUUGUCCUGCUCAGACGACCUUCAACAACUUCGCAAGGACAUGGAGGUUCAACAGGAGAGAGAGUUCGAGAAGAUGAGCCAGCUCCUCCAGGCGCAGCAGGAGAGGCAGUUCAAUAAGAUGAAGGAAUUCUUCCAGGCGCACCAGGAUGAUAUUGCAAAGCUCAAGGAUGAUGUCUCGAAAUCCUUGCAGGCUCCAAAGGAGGUGCUCUCGCAGUGCGAAGAGUUGGUUCCGUCACGGCAGGAGGAGGACUCGCCGCGGGCCACGCAAGCAGCAAAGGCCACUUUACUGCAACGUCCACAAGAAGCGAGGUUUUUCUCAGGGCCUGCGCUUGGGCUUCCUUCUGGGGGUCUGCCUGCACCCAGCUCCUCCACCACGCAGGAUGACUACUCCACCGUUCUGCAGCACGUGCGCAUGGAAGUGGAGGCUCAGCUGGACGGACAUUUUGACAAGAUGAAGAUGCUGAUCCUUGAGGCCGCCGGACAGGACUCGGGCUCGCGGCUCCAGGGCGGAACACAGAUGGACUCAGACAGAGACCUGCAGGACGAGCAUUUCGAGGAGAUGCAGCGGCAUCUCCAGGACAUGUUCCAUGACGACACAAGCCCGCUGCACAGAACGAAAAUGAGUGGCCUCGUUCCGAAGUUGCAGCUCCUACACCUCAUGCAGAGACACAAACUUGAGAAGGAUCAACACGUCAAGGCUUGCUUGCUACAAAUGGCUGACAAGUUCAGCAAGGCAGAUGUCCGUCUAGAGGAUUUCUGGGAAGAUCUGCAUAGCUGGCAUCCGUGCGAAACUGCUGCCGAAUUGAAGCAGGCCCUAAACACUGGCAAGUUCGAAGAAUGGUGCUCAGAGUCGGCUGGCCUCAAGGAGAAUCUUAAGAGCAUCCAGUCAAAUUUGCAGCACGACCAAGACACGCUGCGGAAAGAGAUGCCUGAGCAAAAGCACGGUUCAGACAAGCAGUGCUUGAAACCACGCAUGUUGAUCAAGCUGAGCAAGACUGCCGAAGAGUUAACGGGCUUGUCGACGUCAUGGAAGCCAAACGAUUCGACGAUGUUGAGACACAUCUGCUUCGUUGGGCCUGGCGAGGAGCAGCUGAACAAAUUUGAAAGCAUUGCCAUGGGCCGGCACUGGAUAGAGUUCGGAAUCUUGUUCGGGCAUCACAAAGUGCCAACUCGUAAGCCAGAUCCUCCCAAGCCAGGAGACACGGGAGACAGCCUGCUGGAUUCCUACGACUAUGGAGGCCCAAUCGAAGACAUCUCGCGUAAGUACCCGCGGCUGGACAAGGUCGCGAAAGCCCUGAAGCAAGAUGGAGCAUCUUCCAGGUUCCGAUUCUGUGCGCAUCUUGUACGCCCACCCUUUGACACGUACCUGCUCCACCGUGAGGAAGCUGCCGCCGACUUUCUCGGCUGGCUUGUGGAAUGUGGCUUCCAGAAAGUGUUGGUGCAUCUGAACAGCGCAGUUGGAGGUUAUACAGAAAGCGAGGUAAAAAACAAAGUGGACAAGCUGCUGAAACUGAUGGACCGGUUCAAAAAACUCACGUUCAUCCUGUCUGUGGCCGAGGACAUCAAUGUUCGAGCAAGGAUGCUGUUCGAAGAGCUGCUGAAGAACAGUUCGUCAACAAAAGUGACUUUGCUGUACAAUUCCUCACGUGGAGGUGGUGAAGAGGCUGCCACCUAUGCCAGCCCUCUGGUGGAAAAAGAGCUGAGGUGUACGGGCUAUGCUGGCGGCUUUCGCCCAGACAAUGUGCUCCAAAAGCUUCGUGACAUGGAGUGGGUGAUACCAGAGGGCAGGCAAGUUUUCAUCGAGACCCAGUCUGGCGUCAGGACGAAACCUAAAGAUAAGUUUUCUGUAAAACUGUGUUUGGAAUUUGCUGAGAAUGUGGCGAAGAGCACAUUCAACCCUGGGCAUGGGGCGGAGGUGUAUCCCCAGCACGAUGGCACUUUGGUCUUGGGGGAUUCCAGCAAAAUAGUCUUGCAGCCUGAUACGCAGUACAUCGUUAACGCUGUGAAGAAGUCAACGUUUUCAGUGGGGCUUGCUGACGGAUCGCGAAGUUUUGAUGCUAUGUUUAUAGCAGGCUCGGUUGCUGCGAGGCAUUUCGAGGGAGUGCUGGCUCCUGAGCUGCGCCCAGAUGAUACUCGAAGAGAGGGCGGGGAUUGGAGGACGACAGGUAUGUUUUCCCGCCCGUUUGCGCAGAUAGUCUGCGAGACCACCUUAAGCCACCACUGCCAAGCACCUUGA